CUCCGGGCGUGACGCCAGCACCACCUUUCUUGUAGGCCGCUCACUUCCAAUUGGUCCUCCUUCACUUCAUCAUCGAAUCCAUCCUCCAAUACCCUUCUCGACAUCACGUCCAUGGCAGACUCGGGAGCCGGCGUAGUGGAGGUCGGAGCGCAACCCGAGCACCAUGCUCUCGCGUCGGACGUGCCCGGCAAUCCCAACACGGACACACACACCAUCGCUUCUCCAGUGACGGGUGCGGAGACGGGCACCCCGGUGCCGUUAGCUGCUGUCCAGGGAGAGGGUGGAGAUGUCACCCAGGGCGGAAGAGGAGAGCUUCCUGCGGCCUUUCCCAAGAGACGCCGCGGCCGUCCUCCCGGUCGCCCAAACAGGACAGUCAAGGAGGAUGAUUACCAGGAGAACCCGCUGGUCAAGGCAUGGAACGCGGCCAAAGAGGAGCAACCCCUGGCGGCUGUCGCCAUCCGCGUUAAAGACGCCCUGACUGCAGACUCUCUUGUUCACGAUACGCAACGGGCCAUCUUCAACGACUGUCCCAGUCGCGAAUACAUCUACUUUGUCAACGGAUGGAUCACGGCCCGCCACAUUGCCUCUCAGCGGCCCAGUUACGUCAACGGUCUGCUCAUCCACUCACGCGGCACAGAUGCCCCGGUGCAGUGCACCCAAUGUGCUGAUCGCCGCACCAAAAAUGCCCUGGGUCCCUUCAUAGUCUGUCGGAUCUUGCCCGGGAGCUUCCAUAACAGCUGUUCGAACUGCAAGUGGUUCGACAACACGUCAGCCUGUUCGCUGUAUACGGGCCCUACCCCCAACCGGAAGCGCAAGGCCAAGGCCCUUUCUGCUGGACCGAAUCCUGAGGAGAACACUACUACUACCAACGGGACUUCUGGUGUUGGUGCUGGUCAGCAGAAUGUUGCCCCAGACCAGACGGAGAUGGCUCACCAGAAUGCCCAGUAUACGUCCUUGCAAUUAGGCGUGAGGAUGGCGGCCCCGGAGGCGGAUAUGGAGGGAACUGAGGACCUCCAAGGACUUGGCCACGAGUUACAAGACCAUGACGCAGUGGAAGGGUCGCAGAGCGGUCAGCUAUCAGCUGGGAAUGAUGAUGACGAUGAUGAUGAUGAUGAAGAUAACUCUGUCGACGCUCAGCUUGCCGCCCAGCUUCUUCCCGAGAUUCAUGGACACAAUGACCAUCGGGACUAGAUGCCCGGACAGAGCACCUACUGAGGCGAGAGACUGGGGGAUCGUGCUUCUCAAUUCUUUAUGAAACACCAAUAGGGAUAUAUCUGACUGGGUUUGCUUAAAGGUUUGCUUCCCACUGGCGCUUUUCAACGUGCAGGAGUUUCUGUUGCAGGGUUUGCAUUUCUUUCUUGUUUGUUUUCUGGUCUUAUUUGUCUGUUCCAGUGAUAGUUUGUAGUAGUGUAUGCUUUGGGACGGACUUGGUAAGGGUAUCGACUCAUAUCUGUACACAGUAGGACUCGGAAGUGGGAACACAUUACGGGCAUAUUUCCAGACGGAACUAACAACUCAGGUCAGCGGGAAAAGAGAAGGCUACACGAUGUGAUGAGGGUCGUGACCACGAUAUGUAUGGGAUUGACGGUA